AUGCUAAAUAUCCCUAUGUCCCCAAGUCUUUCAGGACUUUCUCCAAAACUCUCACAAAGUGCUGCUUCCAUUCGGCCGUCUGUAGGUGUAUCCCCUAUAAAUGCAGUCCUGCAAGACCGUCAUGACCAGCUUUUAGCUGAAUUUGCCGAAGUGGACACCAAUAAAGACCAAGAAUUGACAUUUGAAGAAGUCUAUGAAUUUCUCAAAAAGAAAAGUGGAGGCGACUAUGACCGAGAAGUCUGUUUAGGACUAUUUGCUAAGAUGGAUAAAGACCAAGAUGCAGUCGUCACCAUUGAAGAAUUCAUUUGGUCCUAUGUAGAAGCUGAAAAUAAUAUAAAAAGACGUACGACAGAGCUAAAGCGCCAAAUCGCUGACAAUAUAAAACAGGUCGACGACUAUAACAGGAAAUUAAUUACAGCAAAAGCUACAGAAAAACUAGGGAAAAAUGGGAUUAUGGAAGGAAGUGUACUUACUGUAUAUGUAAUUGAGGCCACCAUUAAGUCUCCACAGAGCUUAGACCCUUUUGUAGAGCUCAGCUGUGAGCAGCAGAUAAUAGAAACAAAAUUUGCAGCGAAAACCUCGACCCCAACUUAUAAUGAAGUUUUUACUUUUCAGAUUACCACAGGGGAAGACAACCUUUAUAUUGCUGUAAAAAACCAUUCAAAUUUUGGGAAUCAUAAGCUGAUAGGAGAAUCUACAUAUUUAUUAAGUGGGUUAAGAGACCAAAUGAAGCAUGACGUGCAUGUAGACAUAAGAGAUCCUAAAGGAGCGAUAGUCGGAAAAGUCCAUUUAGGCUUGUUAUGGGUUUUUAGCAAAGUGAAGUAUUAUGAAGCGAUUUUGGCUCAGUGGAAUGAAAAUGUGCAGCUUGACAAAGCUGAGCUUGCACACUUAGAAGACCAGUUGGAAAAGCUGCAUCAGCCAUUUGGAGGGCUGCUUAUUGACGCUGAACUUGUAGGGAGUAAAACUGCAGGAGUAGAAAAAGCGGUCUCGAAAAAAAUAGAAAAUGUUGUACAAGGGAUUUUGGGGAAAGAUAUUGAUUGGCAUUGGAGCAGUUAUGUAGUGACAAUUAUUUAUUUAUUGCUUUCUGUUUUGCUGAUGGGAUAUAGACCAGAUUUUAUUAAUGUAGGGGAUAUAUAGGCCACUGUAGCUCUUGGGUGCUUUGUUUUCCAUGUGGCUAAGGUCAAUGAAGAUUUGACAUAUAUGAAGCUUUCUUUUGUGAUUCUUGGGGCUAUGGUUUAUGAUUUGCUGUGGUUUUUGUUUUUUUCGAAGGUAAUUUAGAAGUAGUCUUGGGCUGAAAGUGGGAAUUUUAUAGAGCAUGAAGGGAGAAUAAAGUUUUGGGGAGAUACAUUGAGCUUCCUUAAUUUUUUGUGUAAGGUUGCAUGUUUUGCGGUGUUUUUCAGGUUAGGGGCUAGGAAAUAA